AUGGCCCUAGACACCUGCUCCUACGACUGUUGCGUGUUGCCUCCGCUGGAUUGCUUGGACUGGGGCUGGGACUGGGACUCCGAGCUGCUUCACACUCAUCACUACACUCUCGGAGGAGCUGCAGCUGGAGCUGGAGGUGCCGCCGUCCAAGCAGAGCCCACCUUCUUCCCGGCGACGGCAACGCCAGGUGUGCAGUCGCCGGCGUCGUCGGAGGCGUCCGGUGGCUACCUGCACGACGCCGUCGCUCACUGGAGCGACCGCCGCAACAAGCGGCAGCGGAUGGCGGCUGCGACGACGUCUCCCCCUCGGCGUCGGGCGACCGUCAGCGAGGACCUUCAGUGCCUUCUUGCGGGCUUCUGGGAUUCUAGCGCCGACUCCGAGGGAGGAGGAGCAGAUUUCCGCCAUGAUUUGAACACCACGACGACCCCGGACCCGAAGACGGAGAUACUACGCUGCAGUUUUGUCUCAGGAGAGGACGGGGCAGGUGCAUCGGGCAGGGAGGAGCAGCAGAGGGGCCCCAGCGCGCAGGUGCAGAUGCCAGCGCCAGCCGCAGCGGCGCAGGAGGCAAAUGCGACGGUGGUAGUCCCCCCUCCUCGCGUCCCCGCCACCGUGCGAGCCGCUGCUCCCCCCCUGCAGCUGCAAAAGGCAGCCGCAGCCGCGGGGGCGCCCCACGCGGCAGCGCGUCGCGACGAUCGCUCGCGGCCCGUCGUCGACUUCUGCGACCGCGAGCACCCUUCCCGUGCGGGUGCGGCCGCCACGACGGCGCCAGCCUCUGCCUGCCCCUCGUCGCUGUCAGGGGAGGAGAAAGACAAGGAGAAGAGAGGCGUCGGAGUGCUGUACCCCUUUGCAGUCGUCAAGCCGCUGGGGUUAGACGACGGCAGCAUGACGACGCUGGACGACGUCAACCAGCGAAUCCUCAAGAGACCGGCAAGACCAGUUCGGCACCCCGUUGGCCCGUUCGCGUGCGGCCCCGCCGUGUCGGCUCACGGCCUGGGCCUGUCCGGCAAGGCAGUCGUUAGCCUGACCAAGAUCAGGACGGGAGGAAACGGCACCAUAACCAUCAUUAGAACAAGAGGCUGA